AUGAGGAGGAAAAUGCAUCUCGCAUUCAUUGAACAUAAAAAUACAAGGAAGGCGAUUCUCAAGAGAAGGAGGAAGGGAUUGAUGAAGAAGAUGGAUGAAGUCAAUACCCUUUGUGGCGUUGACGGAUGUGCAAUUGUAUACUCUCCAGAUGAGGCGAUUCCCGAGGUUUGGCCCAAUGAGGCAAAGGCUGAGAGUGUGGUGGCUCGAUUUAACAUGAUGCCAUAUGUGAAUCAACACAAAGGGAUGAAAAAUCAGGAGGUAUAUUUUAAAAAAGCAAUUUCUAAUUUAGAGGGUAAACUGAAUAAACAAAUAAAAGCUAAUUAUGAAAAAGAAAUUACUUUGUUGAUGUAUCGUGAUCUUAAUGGAGAAGUGAGUCAUGAAAGAAAAUUGAAAGUGGAUGAGUACCACAAUCUUAAUAGGGUGAUUGAUCAAAAGUUGGAAGAAAUUAAUGAGGGAAUGAGAGCGCUCUCUGGGAAAUCAGCUUUCAGUUUGGUUCAAGAUUCAAUUAAUCGAGAUGUAGCUGAAUGCUCGAGGAGUCGUAUGGGCUUGAAGGACGAUGAUCUUGUGAUUCCGAUCGAAGAGAAUGAUGAUUAA